UGUGUCUGUGUGUAGAUGUACUCCAUCCGCAGCCUGCCCAGCAUGGUGUACCGGGAGCAGCCAGAGGAAGACGGAGUAGAGGACAUGACGCAGCUGGAGGAGCUGUCUGAGGGAUCUGUGCUGCUCAACCUGAAGAAGAGGUUUGAGAGAGAGAUCAUCUAUACAUAUAUAGGUAGUAUCCUGGUCUCGGUGAACCCCUAUAGGAUGUUCAACAUGUACGGAACUGACAUGGUGCUGAAGCACAAGGGAACCGCUCUGGGAGAGAACCCUCCACACCUGUUUGCCAUAGCAAACGUCUCCUACACCAAAAUGAUGGAUGCCAAACAGAAUCAGGUUAUUAUAAUCAGUGGGGAGAGUGGAUCAGGGAAGACUGAGGCUACUAAACUGCUGCUGCGUUACCUAGCAGCAAUACACCACAAACACAACAUUACACAACAGAUUCUUGAGGCAGCUCCUCUUCUAGAAUCCUUUGGAAAUGCCAAAACAGUUCGCAACGACAACUCCAGUCGCUUCGGCAAAUACGUGGAGAUCUAUCUGGAGGAGGGUGUGAUCAGCGGUGCCAUAACCUCUCAGUAUCUGAUGGAAAAGUCCCGUAUAGUCUUCCAGGCCAGAGAUGAGAGGAACUAUCAUAUCUUCUAUGAGAUGCUGUCAGGUCUUCCCCCCCAGCAGAGGCAGGCCUUCUACCUGCAGGAGGCUGAGACGUAUUAUUACCUGAACCAGGGAGGGGAUUGUGGGAUAGCAGGAAAGAGUGACAGGGAGGACUUCCUCCGUCUGCUGGCUGCUAUGGAGAUCCUUCACUUCACCCCUGACGACCAGGCGUCCAUCUUUAGAGUCCUGUCUUCUAUUCUACACCUGGGGAACGUCUACUUCCAAAGAUAUGAGGCGGAUGGCCAGGAGGUGGCGUCUGUGGUCAGUGCUCAGGAGAUCAGAGUCGUAGCUGAGCUGCUCCAGAUCUCCCCUGAGGGACUCCAGAAGGCCAUCACACACAAAGUCACGGAGACCAUGAGGGAGAAGAUCUACACCCCUCUGACGGUAGAGAGUGCUGUAGACGCCAGAGAUGCUGUUGCCAAGAUCCUGUACUCUCUGUUGUUCCACUGGCUGACUGAGAGGAUUAAUGGACAGGUGUAUCCUCGACAUCACGCUCUGUCAAUAUCUGUGCUGGAUAUAUAUGGCUUUGAGGACCUGUCCUUCAACAGCUUUGAGCAGCUGUGUAUUAACUAUGCUAAUGAGUACCUGCAGUUCUUCUUCAAUAGGAUUGUCUUCAGACAGGAGCAGGAGGAGUACAACAGGGAGCAGAUCCCGUGGCAGGACAUCCCGUUCAGCGACAACCAGUCCUGCAUCGACCUCAUCUCCUCUAAGCCCCAUGGGAUACUGAAGAUCCUGGAUGACCAGAGCUGCUUUCCCCAGGCGACAGACCACACCUUCCUCCAGAAGUGUCAUUAUCACCAUGGUAACAACAAGAUCUACCUGAAGCCAAAGAUGCCCCUCCCAGAAUUCACCAUCAAACACUUCGCUGGCCCGGUCACCUACCAGGUUCACAAGUUUCUGGAUAAGAACUACGACCAGGUUGGACAGCAGGUUCUCCAUCUGUUCAGCCACAGCAAGAACAAGAUGGUGGCCAACCUCUUCCUUGUUCACGCGGAGGUUGUAGGUCAGCAUAGAGGUCAUGUGAGGAAGAGCAGCACGGUGACCCGGAGACACCAGCCCCCCACCGUCUCCACCAAGUUCACCCUGUCACUUCUGGAACUGGUAGACAAGAUGGAGAGGUGCAACCCAUCGUUUAUACGCUGCAUAAAGCCAAACAGACAGAAGGAGCCAGGUGUGUUUGAGACGGAGCUGGUCGGCAGUCAGUUGAGGUAUUCUGGUAUCUUGGAGACCAUCAGGAUCCGGAGAGAGGGUUACCCUGUUAGACUGGCCUUCAACAUCUUUCUGUUCAGGUAUCAGUCCCUGGUGGGGACAGCCUCCUCUAACCUGUGUGUGUCAGGUAUCAGUCCCUGGUAUCAGUCCCUGGUGGGGACAGCCUCCUCUAACCUGUACAAGUCUCUGGUGGGUGUGAAGCAGACUCCAGCUCCUGAUGGGGAGAACUGUGUCAUCAUGCUCAGCAAACUGGUUCCCCUCCGACCCGGGGCCUACCAACUGUUUCUGAAGGAGGACGUGUACCAGUUUUUGGAGUCUAAGAGAGAGCGUGUCCGUCAGGUGGCGGCCCUCACCCUGCAGAGAUACACACGCAUGUUCUUUGUCAGGAAACGAUACAAGGAGUUCAGAACCAAGAUCAUCAGACUACAGGCCUACUGUAGAGGCUUCCUCACCAGGAAGCGCUAUUUGAAGAUGAGAAAGAGUCUGGUCAAGUUUCGUUCUCUCAUCCACAUGUACGUCACCCGCAAGAGAUACAUCAAGAUGAAGCUGGAGGCCCGCAGGAAAGCAGAGGAGGAGAGGAGGAGGAGAGAGGAGGAGCUGACGAAGAGAGAGGUGGUUAACGUCACACACCUGGUGAUCCCUGCCGAGCUUGGCUCUUUACUGCAGGCUGCAUCAGGUGGCAGAGAGCUCCAUUCUGAGUGUCUAGCUCUGGUCCAGGCACCACACAUCCAGGAGCAGAACCAGCUGACUCUGCCGCUGGACAUCAACGACUACCCCUUCAGCCGCUACGCACAACUCUACUUCAGGGAGCCUAUGUUUGGGAUGCUAACGGUUCCCUUGGAGAGGACCCUGACGUACACAGAUGAGGACCUCCGACAGGAAGCUCUGGAGCUGUUUAUUAUGAUCCUGAGGUUCAUGGGCGACCCCCACCUGAAUGGGGCUCAGGAGAACCUGUUUGGGAACUACAUCAUCCAGAGAGGACUGGCCAAUCAGGGCCUGCGAGACGAGAUCCUGGCUCAGCUGGCCAACCAGGUGUGGCGGAACCCUAACCAUGACAACGCGGAGAGAGGCUGGCUGCUGCUGCUGGGGUGUGUCUGCUGCUUCCUCCCCUCCUCCAGGCUGCACACACACCUACUGAAGUUUGUGUCUGACCACGCCCCUGCUGGUUGCCGGGCACUGCUGCAGCACCGGCUGAUCCAGGCCAAUCAGAAGUCCCGGCUGUUAUCAGGCUCCGCCCCUGAGACAGCACGCACCUAUCCACUGUCUCUGUUAGAGUGGACAGCCAAUAGGAAGAGGGCUAACAUGGUGCUACAGGUGUCCUGUUUCGACGGAGAAUCGUUCCUGUGUCCCGUACAAUCCUGGACCAGUGGGGAAGAUCUGGCGGGAGACAUCCUGCGACACAGGGGAGUGUGUGAGGCGUGGAGGGGGUUUUCUAUACUGAUGAAGGAGCAUGGGCAGUGGGCGGAGCUAGCCGGUCAUGAUUACGUCAUGGAUCUGAUCUCAGACUUGGAGCUGCCGUCCGACUUCCCCAAACAGAAGAGUUACUUCAUCAUCUCAGCUGAGGAUCCUAAUAGGGUUCGAACUAACGCCAGCCUGUGAGUCCAAACACACACAAACCCAAACCCUUCACUGGGGAGCUA